GAGACUUAGUUGGCCCGCGGGAGGCGUGAGGGCGGGGCGGGCUGGACGGCAGUAUAUAAGCCCGCCACACCGAGGCAGCAGCAUGCACUCGCUCCCGCAGACACCCCAUCACAACAUGAAGUUCCUGCUCGCCCUCCUGGUGGUGGCCUCCGCGGCGGCCGUAGCGCUGGCCGGCUAUGGUGGUUAUGGCGGUUAUGGCGGCUAUGGAGGAGGUCAUGGUGGUGGCUACGGUGGCGGCUAUGGAUAUGGCGGUGGCCACGGUGGAGGCCACGGCGGUGGCUACGGGCAUGGCGGCUACGGCGUGGGCGGCGUCUCCAACAACGUCUUCAACCUGUACCGCGGCUACGGUGGCUAUGGAUAUGGUGGCGGCCAUGGCGGUGGUUAUGGCGGCGGUUAUGGUGGAGGCUAUGGCGGCGGAUACGGCGGCGGCUAUGGUGGAGGCUAUGGUGGCGGCUAUGGCGGUGGAUAUGGGUACGGAAAGUAAGCAGGAGAAUGACGCGGGAACCUCGACAGAGGAGCAACGAGAACCGAGCCAGUGUGUUGUACAUAGAAAUGCACCGAAUAAACGAGAAACAAUGA